UUCGUAAGAAAGUAGGGGCCUAGUGGAUGUUUCAUUCACCUGCCUUGAUUGGCGGGUCUUCUGGCGGAUAAGAACAGCCUAGAUUGUUGCGGGAAGAACCGGACUCGAAAUGAAGCUAAAUGCUUUUCUCCUAUCUGCCUAAUUUUGGGGAAGGAUACAUACAUACAUACAUACACUGCUGACGCUCUAUCUUCCCCCCUAAUUCGUCGUCGUCGUCCUCCUCCUCCUCCUUCACUCCCAAUUUGAUUCUCCAUCCUCUCACCAUUCAUUCACCAGAAUGGCUAUACCUGACCACCAGCAUUGGCUGGCUGCGACAGCCUCAACAGAAAGCAGCCUGGAGCUUCUCCAACAUCAAUAUGCCGGCUAUUGCCAUGCCCUGGCGCCAUUCCUGGCCGAUGCAACGAAGAAGCCGGUGACCCUCUACGAGUUCCUCGCCACGAGACCCGACACGUCCCUUUUUUUUCAACUCGUGGACCAGAGUCAUCAGAUCAAGCACCUUCUGCAGGACUCGGCCUUCUCAUCCACCGUCUGGGCCCCAAGCAACACUGCUCUUCAACCACUGUGCAAUGAGAUGUCCCAGGAGGACAUUCUCUCCUGGCUUCAGGCGCAUAUUUCGCCCAGUUUUCUUCCCAUUUGUUUCCUUCUCACAGCUCCAACCGCCGAAACAUUGUUUCGCCCGGUCCACUUGAACGGUGCGCAGAGAGUAAUGCUUCGUCCCUCACUCAUGGGCCUGCGAGUGAACUCUCACGCAACCGUGAUUGGGCCCGACCAUCUCGUGGCGAACGGUCUGGUUCAUAUAAUUGAUCGGGUCCUCCUCCCCCGGCCUGCCAUCCACUCUCUUAUCGAUGCUCUGCCAUCACGCGAUUUCGACCUGUUCCAGACUGCAGUGCAACAGUCUGAAACCAUUCAAGCUAUUCUCCAAGAUCAAUCCCGUCGUGGCGGCAUUGUUUUUAUUCCCACCAACCAGGCCUUUCGCAGGCUGCCAGAGGACAUCCAGACAUUUCUCUUCAGCGAUGACGGAGCUGCCUCGCUCCAAGCUCUCUUGCGUUAUCACACCGUUCCUAACCAGUCCCUUUACUCUAAUCAUUUCUACGAUCUGAACCCCGCCCCCGAGCAUUUCGUGCAGAUGCCGGAGACUACCCCCGAUCAUACGAUUCCUACACCAGAUACUCAGGCGGAUCGUCAGUGGCAGGUCCUCAAGGGUGUUCGUCGGUUCUCGCUUCCGACUUGCUUAGAGGGCUUGCCGGUAUAUGUUACCGUGACACGAUAUGGGGGAUUGAUUUCUAUGAAGGUGAAUCAAACUGCAAAUGUCACGGUGCAGGAUGGUCUCGCCAGUGAUGGAGUCUGCCAUAUUGUGGAUUCGCUUUUGUUUCCUCCACAACAGAACGAAAAAGAUGCAAGCACAGAGGAGGAAGGGAAACCCAGGCCAGUUCUCUCCGUUGAGGAUGCUAUGGCGAGACUGGGCCAACUGAAUCUAUCCUGAGUAGGUGACCCAACAACUAAUUAUCCG